AUGAGGACAUGGCAGUGGGGAUGAUGGUGGGGACAUGGAUGGAGGCAUGGUGAUGGGGACGUGAUUGGGGAUAUUGAUAAGAACAAGGGUGGGGAUAUGGAUGGGGACAUGGAUGAGGACGGGGACAUGGCAGUGGGGACACUGAUGAGAACAUGGGACAUGGGUGGGGACAUGGCAAUGGAAGUGGGGUCAUGGUUGGGGACAUGACUACAUGAUUCUAUGACAUGGAUGGGGACAUGGCAGUGGGGCCAUGGAUGAGGAAAUGGAUGGGAAAUGAAUGGGAAAUGAAUGGGGACAAUGGUGAUGGGGACAUGGGUGAGGACACGGAUGGAGACAUGGCAAUGGGGACAUGGAUGGGGACAUUGGUGUGGAUAUGGAUGGAGACAUGGUGAUAAGGACAUGGAUGGGGGCACGGAUGAGGACACGGUUGGGGACAGGGAUGGGGACGCGGAUGGGGAGGGACAUGGAUGGGGGCAUUAUUGGGGACAUGGUUGAGGACAUGGAUGGGGACAUGGAUGGGGACAUGGAUGGGGACAUGAGUGAGGGCAUGGAUGGAGACACAGAUGGGGACACAGGUGGGGACAGGGAUGGGGACGCAGAUGGGGACAUGAGUGAGGGCAUGGAUGGGGACACAGAUGGGGACAUAGAUGGGGACAUGGUUGAGGACAGGGAUGGCGACACAGUUGGGGACAUGGUUGGGGACAUUGAUGGGGACAUGAGUGAGGGCAUGGAUGGAGACACGGAUGGGGACACAGAUGGGGACAGGGAUGGGGACAUGAGUGAGGGCAUGGAUGGGGACAUGGAUGGAGACAUGGAUGGGGACAUGGAUGGGGACACAGAUGGGGACAUGGUUGGGGACAUGGAUGCGGACAUGAGUGAGGGCAUGGAUGGAGACACGGAUGGGGACAGGGAUGGGGACAUGAGUGAGGGCAUGGAUGGGGACACGGAUGGGGACAUGGUUGGGGAUGUGACUGGGGACACAGGUGGGGGCACGGAUGGGGACACGGUCCAUAUCAGCCCUCCCCGCUCCUCCCAGGGCAAGAAGUUCGUGGGGGACCUGGGUGCAGACGGGGCCAUCACGUGGCAGGAGACGGGGCAGGUGUUCGGCUCACCCAGCGCCUGGGCCACGCACUGCAAGCGCCUGGUGAACCCUGCCAAGAAGUCGGGCUGCGGGUGGGCGUCCGUGCGCUACAAGGGGCAGCGCCUGGACCAGUACAAGGCUGCGUGGCUGCGGCGGCACCAGCCCCAUGCGCCCAGUGAUGAGGCUCUGCCCAGUGAGGGCGAGGAGGAUGAGCUGCCCGAGGAGGAAGAGGAGGAGGCUGGGGACGGCCGAACGCCCGCAGCAGAGCCAGCAGCCAGCAAGAGAACGGAGGAGAAAAGCAAGAAGCUGCCGGGCCGCAGUACAGCAGAGCAGGAGCCCAUCCCCCCGGGGAAGAGGCCGGAGAGCAAAGCCCGGGCACCCGUCCGCUACUGCAUGCUGGGCACACGGGAUGCAGCCAGGAACCCACAGACCCUGGUGGAGGUGACGUCCUUCGCCGCCAUUAACAAGUUCCAGCCCUUCAACGUGGCCAUCUCCAGCAACGUCCUCCUGCUGCUGGAUUUCCACAGCCACCUGACGCGCAGUGAAGUUGUGGGCUACCUGGGGGGCCGCUGGGACACCAACACGCAGCUGCUGACGGUGCUGCGCGCGUUCCCGUGCCGGAGCCGCCUGGGCGAUGCUGAGGCUGCGGGUGCUGUGGAGGAGGAGAUCUGCCAGAGCCUGUUCCUGCGGGGGCUGUCGUUGGUGGGUUGGUACCACAGCCACCCCUUCGGCCCCGCGCUGCCCUCCCUGCACGACAUCGACGCGCAGAUGGAUUACCAGCUCAAACUGCAGGGCAGUGGCAACGGCUUCCAGCCCUGCCUGGCCCUCAUCUGCGGUAAGCACCCACCCCUGGGGGGGGCACAGAGCUGCAGCCCCCCCACAUCAGCGCCAUCUCUCCUCCCAGGGCCGUACUAUGCUGGUAACCCUGGUGUGGAGUCCAAGAUUGCGCCCUUCUGGGUGAUGCCACCACCUGAGCAACGGCCCAACGACUACGGCAUCCCCAUGGAUGUGGAGGUGGCCUACAUCCAGGAUGGCUUCCUCACCAACGACGUCCUGCAGGAGAUGACACUGCUGGUGGAGUUCUACAAAGGAGCCCCGGACCUGGUGAAGUUCCAGGAGCUGUGGAGCCAGGACCAGACCUACCUGGAUAAGCUGAAGGGCUCCCUGGCCUCUCGCAGCCCCAAGGACCAGAGCUUUGCCCACAUCCUGGAGCAGAUCUACGGCCUGCUGAGGCACAGCAGCUGAGCAGGAGCUGCAAUGGGGAGCAGGGGCUGCGAGCAGCACUGCAGGGAUGCAGCAUUGCCUGCUGCGCCUAGGAAGCCGACGGAAGGAGCAGAGCCAGCAGCUGGGGGCGCAGGGCAGCAGGGGACUCGUGGGAGCCCAACACUUACUGAAGUGUAACAAAGCACAGAGAAAUAAAUGAGGAAACAGUCUCACCUCUUUCACACACACAGACGUGCACGCGUCCCUCUGUCCCAGAACUGCCCUCAGAGCUGAAAGCAGAACUUCUCGAUUCCACGCCCACGCUGCCAAAGACCACGGGAAGAAGGAACCGUUUGUUCACCAUCAACUGCUUUUAUUGUUCUGGAAAAAUGGAAUGUUUCACUAACAGAAACUUCAAUGCCGACCAAGAACACGUUCAUAACAAAGAAAGGAAACCAAUCAGCUGAACUGAUAGAGCGUUUGGCUACGAUGUGGCAGCAGUCUUGCUUUUUCGUCAUCACAAAUUCAAGUUGCUUAAUAAAACUCACCACCAUUGUCA